CUCCCCAUCCGUUCGGGUUCACAUUGUGACGCUCCUGCAGCGCAGGUGGGUUCAUGUAGUUUUGCGGCUGGUCUAGCAGGUGAAAUGUGUUGUAGCGUGUACACAAUCGCACCUCUUGAAUACGUGUAGAUCUCACUGAACAGCCCGCUUGUUAGCGAGUGUGUGCACGGCGAGCGAAAGCAAACAAUCGCGUAUCGACAUGAAAUUGUUGUGUAGCAUGCCUCUAGCUGUGUAGUGGCAGUCAAAAUGAAGCGACGCUUGCAAGCUGAAGUCCAGCUGACCCCAUUGAAAAGCUGUUCUGUGAGCGCGACGAAAGUAAUCGACUGAAAUGUUUGCUGACGACAGCAACGCACAUUUGCUGAGGGAAUUGUGCAGAGUGUGUCUAAAAUCAGCGAGAAAGAUGUAGAGGACAUUCACAACCUUUCCAUUCGGUUGUUAGGGUUGAUCUAAAACCUAUUAGGACGUAGUGUGUGCAGACGUUGGAGAAGAGAAGUGGGAAAUCAUAAUGCCAGAGCAGGCAGAAUACGAAUGGGUCAAGGAAGGAGGUGCGUCUUCAGAUGAUGAUCAGGAUGCUGACGACACGUGUCGGGGUGCGGACGAAAACUUCCGCCAAGUCCUGUCUAAAAUACUCCUCUCUCGUCCCACGCCCAGCAGCAGUGGGCGUACUGCAAUCCGCAGAAGCACUGGCGGUUGUCGGAUAUGCCAUUCAGCCGCAGUGCCAGCUGAUUCCUGUGUGAGACGGAGAAGACACUCACUAACAAACUGCCCAGGAAGCGCCAGCACUGGAAGCAGCAGCAACUGCAACGCCGACCCUGGGGGUCAGGAGAAGUGGAUUGGCUGUAGAAUGUGCUUCUACUCCGGCUACGACCGCCUGGAUGGCCAUUGGCAAAUGCGACCACCAACAGAGUCAGUGAUCGAAAGUAACACACGCAGCAACAGCUGGGGAUCCUUUAGCACUGGCGCUGGUGCUGGAGAUGCUGCUGGUGCUGAUGCUGCUAUAAGUAACACAGUCGACGCAGUGUGUGGAGUGGAUGGCUGGAGCACUAGUACAACAACGUUUAGUACCAGUCGAGAUUGGAAUAGUCACCCUCUUCCUGAUGUGCCAGCAGACACAGCACUGUCAGCAGUGUUGCCUGAAAGUGAAACAGGUACUGCAGUAGCUGGUACUAGCAGUGGCAGCAGGGAUGGUGUCCCCACAGUGGCCCAACUGCUGCAGGAGUUGCCAGCAGAGCAGAGAGUUGCAGUGUUGAGAGGUGCAGUCCAGCACUGCACGGCUUCUGUACUGAGGAAACUGGUGGAGAUUCUACUGGACAGUAAGGAACAGCCGUGGACGUGGGUGCUCGGUGAGGCUGAUGAAGAUGUACCCUACGACACUAUGGUCACUAAGGCACUCAAGUUAGAAGAAGAGGAGCAGAAGCAGAAGGAUGAGGAAGACGCGCGGAAAGCGCAAGAACUGGCCAUGAAGCAAGCAGAGGAAAAAGCAGAAGCUGCUAGAAAAGAGCGAGAAGCACGGAGAGUACGUUUGCUAUCAGAAGAGGAAGAAAGAAUAAAACGGGAACAUGACGCGUUCGCGGCGGAACUAAGACAGAAAGAAGCAGAGAUGAUCUACGCAACCGCAAAGGAAGCACGCUUAGCAGCGCAGCGUUCCGAAGAGGAGAAGGCACGGAGAAGAGAGGAGCAGGAGCAGCUCCUCCAGCGGCGAGCACGAGAGCAGGAAGAAAAGGAUCGCCGUGAGGAGCAGCUGGAGAGAGAACGGCUAGAAAAGGAGGCGGCACGCAAGUCGCAAGAAAUCUACGUCAACAUGCGGCAGCUCAGAAUACAACAGGAGGCAUCAGAACGCGAAGUAGUGGAGGCCGAAUGGAGGAAACAAACGGAAAGAGCUAAAGAGUACGAGACUGAACGACGGCGAUCCAUGCAGAGAGCCAAGGAAGUCAAGCAGACUAGUAAUGGACAGCUGAUGAAAAGAAUGAGAGAGCUAUCCACCCCUCCUGCUGUCGUACUUCUGGACACGAAAUCUACGCAAGGGCACACGCCGCCUCCGCUUAGUAGAUCUCCAAGGCCGGGAAAUACCGCCACGCUACCGCCGGUUCCCAGUGGUCCACGUCCGGGCCUGGGACCACCCAGCGGGUCACUACCUCGACAAACCAAACGAGCCGCACGGCCAGCCAACAAAGCUGAAGUCAUCCAGUGGUUCCGCGAUGUGGAGUGGUCUCGCCGCAUAGUCUGUGACAAAUCAGGAAGGGUCUGUCCUUGGUUUCAUGGAAUUCUGACUCGCGCUCACGCCGAGCAGCUACUGGACGGCAAGCCUCCGGGCACAUUCCUGAUUCGCGUCAGUGAGAGGAUCUGGGGAUACACAGUCUCCGUGGCAUCCACUUACAAGUGCAAGCAUUUCCUCGUCGACGCUGCAGCCGUGGGUAAGUAUCAGUUCUUCGGUGAUAAUCAGAAGGUUCAUGACGAUCUGCACAGCUUGAUAGAGUUUCAUCAGAAGUAUCCAAUCUCAGUGGCCGGUCAGGAACUGUUGAUGACGCCGCAGGCUCAAGUCGGCCGUGUACCGGACUACCAGGAGCUCGUUCAGUGAGGCUGGCUUGCAACAAUGAUGCGUAGCGGCAUUGGCCAUUGCAGUGAGGUUGGCAUACAGUAAUGAUGGGAGCGGCUUUGCAGUGAGGUUGGCAUACAGGAAUGAUGCGUAACGGCAUUGCAGUGGUAUGGCUUCUGCUGCUGCUACUGCUUCUCAUGAUGUCAUUAGCUCACAUAGUAUGAUGUCAUACAACUGGCCACUGAGCACAGCCACAGUGGUGCAGAGAAUGCAUGAAUCAGUGUGCUUGACACGAGCCCUGCAGUCGGCCCAGGGUUGCACUGGGCCGCACCACAAGCACUUCACUCCAUCUUUCGAGAAGUGUUAUUCACAUUAUCACUGGCCACCUCAUCCAAGGACCAGCUACCUGUAUCUCAUUUAGGGUGCAAUAUUUGUGAUUCUACACUGCUCACACUACCCUAGAAUUUCCCCUAAACCAUCUUGACACAGUUAGACUACCUAAUAUGGAAAACUAUCACAAAAUAGGAUACCAGCGUAGAACAGCUAGAUACAGCUCAUCAACAGAGGGCAUAGUACAGUUCCAUGUGGCUGAUUCUGAUUAUUACUACACCAUGUUACCACGUUUUUACACUUGCAGUUUUCAAACCAUAUGUGUAGCAUAUUUUUUCCUCGAUAAUUAUCAAUCUUUUAAAAAUCGAAUAUUUUAUUACUUGGCUGCAUCCUGGCAGAUCAAUAAUAUUAUGCCAUCUUCAA